AUGGCCCUACGCUCCUUUCUCUUGCUACUCGUUGCGCGAGCUGCGGCCGUGUCCGUGGAUGAACUCGCCCAGUGGUUUGCAAGCGCUCAAGGCUUCAACUACAUGACGUCUGAUGCCCGAAAGCUUGCGGAGCAGGAGGCGCCCAUUCUGACUCAGUGUGAUGUCAGCGUCCAGGACCUGACCAAAUUGAAGGCAGCUCUGUACGGCACCUCCGCCUUGGAUCUGCCGAUGGAUUUCUGCAGGCAGAAUCUGCUGCCCUUGGCCAAGCAGCAUGUGGAUCCUGAUGAGCUCACCAAGAUGUAUGGCACCCUGUAUGGCAUCAGGGAGGUGGAUCUUCCUCGCUCCCAAGCGCAAACCCGAAGCAUUGAACUUGUGGAGGCCUACGCCGAAGCGGAUCAGGUUAAAGCUCUGUUUCAGACCUUGGUUUCCAUCUUUGGUAUCGAUCUGCCCAAGAGCGAGGCGCAGGCGAAGAGUUUGGACCUGGGGAAGUUGGGAUGUGACCCCGUGGCCUUGACGAACUCCUUCAAGGCAGCACAGGGCAGCAAGGAUCAGCGCCUGAAGGACGCCUCGGAUUCUGCCAUGCGCACCAACUUGAACGGCGAGGCCAGGCGCUAUGCCAAAGAUGGGCAGAUCUACAGCGUCAAGGAGUUCCAGGACUACUACAAGGACACUUACCGACAGGAAUGGGCCAACGGUGUGCCUGAAAUGAAGAUGGCGCGUGAUGGGAAAGCAUACACAGUGAGCCAGUACCGCAUCUACUAUGCCAGCAACUGGGAGAGUGAGUGGCACGCUGCAAGCCCUGCCACCCAGCAGCGCCUGGCAGAGGAUGGCAAGGUGUACACCGUGGCAGAAUUUGUGCAGUACUACAAGGACGAUUGGCAGACGAAGUGGCGCGCAGCUCCUGAGCUGCCUUGUAAAGAAUGCCGCCAGGUCAACGUCAGGUGGAACGAUCGGAGCUGGGACAACAAGGAUCAGACGAAGGCCAUGAAGGUCUUUUCAGCACCUCUGAUCAGACGAGGCCGGGAUGCCACCAUGCCUCGGAUGACUUUCACAGACUUCUUAGCAGAUGCGCAGCAAUUCAGGGAGUCAGGUGGGAAGCGCAAGUUGCCCUACUUUGGUGUCCAUUUGCUUUGGAGGUUCAAAGAGGAGGAGAAUGGUUACCUUGGACAGAUUGAUGAAGAGAUGGCGGACGACUUGUGGAGCAUUCGAUUUGACCUGAUCAAGGAAUGGCAGGAGAUGAAUGUUCUGCCGUUGGUGCAGCGCUUUUAUCUCUUUGCCGGUCUGGGCGGAACGCUCUACCAUUGUCACUAUGACUUGCAGCCCAAUUUGCAUGUCCAGUUGACAGGGAGGAAGCGUUUCAUCCUCUUUCCGCCAGAGGAUUGGAAGCACUUGUAUCCGUUCCCAGUUCAUCACGACCUGGACCGGAGGAGCAUGGUGGACUUGGAUGCUCCUGACGAUGUCCGCUUCCCGCAAUGGAGUGGCGCUUCAGGAUACAUGGUGGAGUUAGAAGCAGGUGAAGCCUUGUACAUACCGCCAUACUGGUGGCAUCACGUGCAAUCACUUACUCCAGAGACCACAUCAAUGGCCAUGUGGUUCUUCGAACACUUCCCGCUGAGUGCUGGUGUCAGCUAUGGAAUCAGUUCCCGCUGCAGCGACUUGAUUUUGAUGCGGGAUAUUGAGGAGUUCAUUGGGAAACACUUCCCAGAUGCUCCGGGUGAAGAAGACUGCACCAAAGCGAGACCUGUCAAGGCACAGCAGGUCUCCACCUUCGUGCAGUGGUUGUUGCCGCGGCUGGGGAAAUCCACAGCCGAGACGGCCGAGACGGCCGAGACGGCCGAGACGAUCGAGACGAUCGAGACGAGGGGCGCUCCCUCGGAGUUGACGGCGGCCCCUGAGGAGGUGGAGGCCAAGCUGCUGAACUUUGUCGCAGAACGGCUCGAAGAACCCAAGACCCAGCCAGUGAGUGCUGAGAAGUUGCGGACCUUACUGGCAGGGCGACCUCAGAGGGCGCAUCAACAAAGUGCUGGAGGCGUUGAUGGGAGAAUGAAGGCGCUGGAUGGGAAGCUGGAGCAGAUGGGGACCACGAAUUUGGGUGACUUCAAAGAUCCCAGGAGCCGAAAUGACUGGGGAAAAGGCAAGGCCAUCGCCCCCUCCAUGAUCACCACGGCGAACGCACCGGUCUGUCCACCUGAGACAAGGGAACUCCCAGGACCACGCAAUGGCUUUGGUGCCCACAUCAGCCGCCAUCCUGACAACCACGACCAGCGGUUUUUCAGUACCACACAUGGCGAGUUCUACGGAGAGGGAAGUCGCAAGAAGGAGAAGCGCGAUGCCGCAGAGAUUCCACAUUCUGCGGGAGUCAGCACCGAAAUGGCAGAGGGCCGAGCUCAUGGGAUGAAGGUGGGCACCCUUUGUGGUGAGGCCUAUAACGAUUCGAACAACCCAGGCUCCAACACCAGGACUCAGCGCUCUUGGCUGUAUGAGCCAGAUGCGGCACUCCAGAACAUCCACUAUGGCGGCAAAAAGCCUCCAGUGCCUUCCAAAGAUUCUGAGCUGUCCAUUCCCAUUGGGGAGGGAGCCAUGGCCAAAGUCCGCGCGGACUUGAAGGCACGUCAAGGUCGUGAGGAGCUCAGGAAAUUGCGAUGA